UCCGUUGAAAAAGAUGUCAGCGACCUGGUCACCCCGGGAGCCAGACAACGUGAACCACUUCGGCAACUGUCUGAUCAUGCAGCGCAGCGGGCCGCUCCUGGACAGCAAGUGCGACGACAUGUAUCCUUACAUCUGCUACAAGAGACAGCCGCCCAGCCAGAUAAGUCUCUGCGGGACUACGGAUACAGAAUACGUUUACGACAAAUUCACCAAGAGCUGUCACAAGAUCCACCCCCAAUUUGUAUCCUGGCAAGAGGCGUACGCCACGUGCGCCCGCGAGGGCGGGCACCUGGCCAUCGUGAAUAGCGAGUACGAGGCCAAGACCCUGGCCCGGCUGAUCAAGUCCGAGUGGAUCUGGGCCCACAUCGGGUUCAGUUACUGGAGGAAGGACUUGUGGGUGACUGUUCAUGGUGAAACGCUGGCCGAGGCUGGCUACGUGGCCUGGGCCCCCGGAGAGCCUAACGAUUGGAACGAGGAGCGCUGCGGGAGCCUCGCCACCGUCAACACUCUAGUGGACAUCGACUGUCUGGACCACGCGCGGCCGUUUAUUUGUGAAAUAUCCUCUAUGUAA